AACAACAUAUCAUAACGCAGAAAGAAAACGUUAGGAGAGAAGAAGAAGAUGUCGUGGCAAACUUACGUUGAUGAACAUUUGAUGUGUGAUGUCGGAGAUGGUCAGGGUCAUCACCUAGCCGCAGCCGCAAUCUUCGGUCAUGACGGUAGUGUUUGGGCUCAGAGCGCCAACUUCCCUCAGUUCAAGGGACAAGAGUUCGCCAGUAUAAUGAAAGAUUUCGAUGAACCGGGCCACUUAGCACCCACAGGGUUAUUCCUAGCAGGAGCCAAAUACAUGGUGAUCCAAGGCGAGCCUGGCGCUGUAAUCCGUGGCAAGAAGGGAGCAGGAGGCAUAACCAUAAAGAAAACAGGACAGUCAUGUGUGUUUGGGAUCUACGAAGAGCCUGUGACACCAGGACAGUGCAACAUGGUCGUCGAGAGGUUGGGUGAUUACCUCAUCGAACAGGAUCUCUAGAUCCUCAAUAUCCUCAAACCCUAUUAGAAUGUUCCACCUUCCACAUUUUUUAUUUAUAAACUUAUAUUUGGUAUUGGGUUUGUGAAGCCUGAUUGAGAGACUGGUUUUUUUGAGAAAAUUUGUGUUUUUCUU